GGCGGGGCAUGCUGCCCGGUGAGAGAGCAGAGCGCUCGGGGCUCCGCCGUCUCGGUGUCCGAUGCGGGCUCCGCUUCCCUCGCACUCAGAGUCCGGCCCCGGCUGCACCCAUGGUGUCAAAGGACUUCAAACGGUUCAUGAACCACAGAGCCCCGGCAAACAGUCGCUACAAACCAACAUGCUACGAACACGCUGCUAACUGUUACACUCAUGCAUUCCUCAUCGUUCCUGCCAUCGUGGGGAGUGCUCUGCUGCACCGCCUGUCCGACGACCGAUGGGAAAGCAUAACCGCUUGGAUCUACGGCUUCGGCCUGUGCACUCUUUUUAUAGUGUCCACCGUAUUUCAUAUAGUAACCUGGAAAAAGAGUCACCUACGGACGGUGGAGCACUGCUUCCACAUGUGCGACCGAAUGGUGAUCUACUUUUUCAUAGCGGCGUCCUACGCGCCAUGGUUAAACCUGCGCGAACUGGGUCCCUUGGCUUCUCACAUGCGUUGGUUCAUAUGGCUGAUGGCGGCAGGGGGAACAAUUUACGUGUUUUUGUACCAUGAAAAGUAUAAGAUUGUUGAACUCCUCUUCUACUUAGCAAUGGGAUUUUCACCUGCCUUAGUAGUGACAUCCAUGAAUAACACGGAGGGCUUGCAAGAACUGGCGUGGGGAGGUCUCAUCUACUGCCUGGGGGUCGUAUUCUUCAAGAGCGACGGAAUCAUCCCUUUCGCUCACGCCAUAUGGCACCUCUUCGUCGCCCUCGCCGCCGCCGUGCACUAUUACGCAAUCUGGAAAUACCUUUACAAGAGUCCAUCCGCCGACAUGAUCCGUCACGUAUGACAAAACUUUUAGCGGUUAUCAGUAUUACUUGAUCCUUUAAGGAAUGUAUGGCGAGGCGAGGGGGGGGGGAUUUUACGAUACACACAAAAAUGCACUGACUUUAUCUGGUUCCUUAUGAACAACA